AAAUAUAUACAAUUUUUAUUUAAAGUUAGAAAAAUUAUUUUAAAAUAAACCAAAAAGGCAGUCCGUAAGCUUCUGUUGAAUGGAUAAAAAUCUCUACUAUAAACAAAAACAUAAUAUACAAAGGUAUUAAGAUUUGGAAGAAAACCUAAGAGAGUAUUAACAGUAGUGACUACUGGGGAUCACCGAGAUACAGGGUAUUAAGGAUGGAAGGUUUACUUUUCUCUUUUUUUUGAGACGGAGUGUCGCUGUGUCGCCCAGGCUGGAGUGCAGUGGCAUGAUCUCGACUCACUGCAACCUCUGCCUCCUGAGUUCAAGCGAUUCUCCUGCCUCAGCCUCCUCAGUAGCUGGGACUACAGGCGCCCGCUACCACGCCUGGUUAAUUUUCUGUAUUUUUAGUAGGGACGGGGUUUCACCGUGUUAGCCAGGAUGGUCUCGAUCUCCUGACCUCGUGAUCCGCCCGCCUCGGCCUCCCGAAGUGCUGGGAUUACAGGCGUGAGCCACCGCGCCCGGCCGGAAGGUUUACUUUUCAACGGAUCUUUGGGAAGUUUUAAAACAUACAUGCUCAACCUUUAAAAAUUACUCUAGGGGAAAUCCCUUCUCCACAUCCUAUAGGUGUGCUUCCUUCUUCCUCUCCAUACACUUCACUAUCAAAACCUACAUUACUUCCAACAGUCGACCCUCGAGGGAAUAAGUCCCUGGUCCCCACGAUCGGGACCAGCCAGUCCACACUGCCGACCCCUGAAAGGCGGUCUCAGCUGCUCGGUCAGCGAGAAAAAAGGCCAGCGAGGUCCUCGUCCUGCAGGCCACAGCGAAGACAAAAACCUCCGGUUACUGGCCUCAGGUGCAAGGCUGCUCCGCAUUGGCAGCGCGGGACCAUUCCUAUUAUUAUUACGUAGUCUUGUUUCUUUCUGGGAGAAAGCACCUGGCGAGAGUUGGGCUGGCCCCGCAGGGCGCUCCGGGACACCCGUCCUCUAUAACGCCACAGCCCGCGCCAGCGUUCGACCCGGACGUCUCAUCCAGGCCCGACUCGCAUUUUUAGUUGUCAGAUUCGCCACUUUUUGGUGUCAGAAUUUAAAACAAAAAUUCCAAUUUCUCUAUUUCAGAAGCUCUUUCUGUCCAGGAAAACAGAAGCAGGAGAGACUUCAGGUUUUUGAAUUAUUCGUCUCUUCUGGUCUCCACAGUAUCUACAUCCAGAGAGCGGGGACCGUGAGUCGAAAGCGACGACGCGGAUGCUCAGGCCACCGUUCCCGGCGCGCAGUCGCAGCUGCCCCUCGCUCCCGCCCCCGCCUGGAGUCCGACGUGGAAGUUGCUGGCUGACUGGGCUUGCGAGGAAACCGCCUCGGAGCUGCAGCCGAAGGCCAAGGAAUCACUGAAGAUCGGCGAGGGAGGACAGGGGGUUCAUCAUGGGUGGCUUUUUCUCAAGUAUAUUUUCCAGUCUGUUUGGAACUCGGGAAAUGAGGAUUUUAAUUUUGGGAUUAGAUGGAGCAGGGAAAACCACAAUUUUGUACAGAUUACAAGUUGGAGAAGUUGUUACUACUAUACCUACCAUCGGAUUUAAUGUAGAGACGGUGACGUACAAAAACCUUAAAUUCCAAGUCUGGGAUUUAGGAGGACAGACAAGUAUCAGGCCAUACUGGAGAUGUUACUAUUCAAACACAGAUGCAGUCAUUUAUGUAGUAGACAGUUGUGACCGAGACCGAAUUGGCAUUUCCAAAUCAGAGUUAGUUGCCAUGUUGGAGGAAGAAGAGCUGAGAAAAGCCAUUUUAGUGGUGUUUGCAAAUAAACAGGACAUGGAACAGGCCAUGACUUCUUCAGAGAUGGCAAAUUCACUUGGGUUACCUGCCUUGAAGGACCGAAAAUGGCAAAUAUUCAAAACAUCAGCAACCAAAGGCACUGGCCUCGAUGAGGCAAUGGAAUGGCAAGUAUCAUGUUUCCAGAAGCCAUCUGUGCAUUUGUGUGUGCUUGCAGCUAUGCACGUCCACAUGUAAUUUUUCUCCAGUGUUGAGGAUGAAACUUUGAUUUACUUAGCAGCUUAUUUCAUAAGUUCCUCCAGUGUUUUCUCCCACUGGUCUUCAGGUGCAUCUGUCUUCUUCUCAACUACACCUACCUGAUUACAGUUACUUAGAUAAGCAAAUUCUUUGCCAAUUUUUAGCCUUUUCCCUGCCUCACCUCACCCUCCAAUUCCUUAUCCUUCAGGAAUUAGCUUAAGGCUCUCUUCUGAAGAGCUUUUCCUAAUGUAUCUCUAUUCCUACUGACUAAUCACUCACUUAAAGUUAGAUGCCCUUGUCACAGAUUAGUGACAUAGUACUUGUUUUGCUGUCUUGUAAUUGUUUGAUUUGUUCAUCUACUCAUUAGAUAAUCCUUGCAGAUUGAGACUAGUUUCACCUCUGAGUGAAACUAGUAUGUAGCCCAUCCGUAUGUAGCCCAGAAGUAGUAGUAGCCUGGAAAAUAGAUAUUUGGUCUUUUUUGAAUUUUUCAUUCAAAUCAUAGACAAAUUCAAAGCUUAAAGGAACCUUAUGGAUAUCUAGUGCAUAACCUCAUCUGUGUUAGCUGUCAUCAUUUUAAGUACUUUGGAAUCCACCUCCAAUACAAAGUUUAUUAUAGAUGAUCAUGCUUUAUACCUGAAAAUUAAUUUUAUAAAACAGUUCAUUUUCUCUUUACAGGUUAGUUGAAACAUUAAAAAGCAGACAGUAAUUCAGUCCAUUCUUCUCCCCUGAAAUGAAGACUACAUCACCUCUCUCCCUUUGGAAACAGUCAAGUGUACUUCACACUACUAGAUGUUAAAACUAUAUGAUUAUUGGCAUAUACUGACUGACUGCAAUGUUUGUAGUAAAUAGGGAAAAUAAGUAUUUAGUUGGAGGGAUAAUUCGAUCGAAUCACCUGAAUGUUCUAUGUAAUGUAAAAUAUUCUUUUCUUGCUUUCUUGUGUUAAGGUAUAUAUUCUAUUUGUAUGGAAUUCUUAUUCAAAUACAGUUCUAUUAAAGAGUAUACUCCUAUUGGAUGAAAAAAAAAACUAUUUUUGAAUAGUAGUUGCAGCUUGUUUGUAUAAAUACUAAAAAAUAUCUUAACAGAUUUUUUUCCCCUUAAAAUGAAUUAUCUUUCCAAAGAUUAGACUCAGUAUGAGAGUAGGUGAGGAACAUAGUUUGUAUAAUAUAAUCUUUAUUUGCUUACCUGACCACUUUUUAUUAAGCUGUUUUGUUUAAAAGCUUUUGGUUAUAGGCAUGAAUAUUAUUUUAAUGGUUAACUUCAUUGACUUAUUUGUAAUUGUCAUUUUAUAGUACUUCACAGUUGUCAAAAAAAAUCCUACAAAUAUUGAUCUAGUUGAUCGGUACAGGAAGCUUCUGAAGUAGGUAGGACAGGUUAUGAUGUCUUCACUGUAUGGACAUGAACCCAGGGUUCUAAUAGGUUGGCUUGCCCAAGGUCACCUGCUAGCUAGUAAGGUAGGAAUAGGGCUCAAAGUAAAACUUUUGGUUCAGAAGCUUGACUCAUAAACUAUACUAUAUAUUCCCAAAAAUGUCAGUAUUGACAACACAGUCUAACUCUUAAAUAAAAUUAUGCUAAUUAGUUACAUUCAAAAUAAUGUCUUUAAACUUAUUUGUCUAUACUAGUAGAAGUGAUCAGUGACAUACUAUAAAUAAUCCUAAAUGGUUAUAUUUGAUGGAAUUCAUAACACAUUAAAGAGAAAAUUUCACAUUAAAGGAAGGUUUAAAAAUCUAUUUUCAGAUUAUAAAA